UAUCACAUUUUUUAAACACAAAAUUUAUACACAAAAUUUUACGUUUCAAGCAAGUCAAUGGCAUCUGGUUCUCAUAACCCUUUUGAGGCAUCAGAUGAUGAUGAUGAAUUUGAUCAAUAUUUCGAUCAAACUUUCGAUCAAUAUUUCGAUCAAACUUUCGAUCAAACUUUCGAAGAUUUUACCAAUGAUUAUGCUAAUGAAGAAGAAGAAAGGAAGAAAAGGAAGAAACGCAUAUAUAUCGAAAGAAAUCGUGAAGAAGGCGAUUUACGGUUAUGGAAAGAUUAUUUCUGUGACACUCCUACAUAUCCUCAAAAUCUAUUCCGACGACGUUUUAGAAUGAACAAGCCAUUGUUCAUGCACAUUGUUGACCGACUCUCCAACGAAGUUCACUUCUUUCGCCAAAAGAAAGAUAGUCUUGGAAGGCUUAGUCUCUCACCACUCCAAAAGUGUUCAGCAGCCAUUCGUCUCUUGGCAUACGGUAGUGCGGCUGAUACGGUUGACGAAUACCUCCGGCUCGGUGAAACUACAGCUCGGUCUUGUUUGGAGCAUUUUGUGGAAGCAAUAAUAAAUUUGUUCGGCGAUGAGUACCUACGAAAACCAACACCGGCUGAUCUUCAACGUCUUCUUGAUAUGGGAGAGUAUCGUGGAUUUCCCGGGAUGGUAGGAAGCAUCGAUUGUAUGCAUUGGGAGUGGAAGAAUUGUCCCACUGCUUGGAAAGGCCAAUAUUCUCGUGGGUCGGGUAAACCAACAAUCGUUUUAGAGGCGGUUGCUUCGUAUGAUCUCUGGAUAUGGCAUGCGUUUUUUGGACCUCCAGGUACUUUAAAUGAUAUCAAUGUUCUUGAUCGCUCACCUGUUUUUGAUGACAUAAUAAAUGGUCAAGCUCCGCAAGUCACUUACUAUGUCAAUGGAAGAGAGUAUAAUUUGGCUUACUAUCUCACUGAUGGUAUUUAUCCGAAAUGGGCAACUUUUAUCCAAUCUAUUCCGAUGCCACAAGGACCGAAAGCGGUUUUAUUUGCUCAACGUCAAGAAGCUGUCCGCAAAGAUGUCGAGCGCGCUUUUGGAGUCUUGCAAGCUCGCUUUGCCAUAGUUAAAAAUCCGGCACUUUUUUGGGAUAAAGUCAAAAUUGGGAAAAUUAUGAGAGCUUGUAUCAUACUCCACAAUAUGAUAGUGGAAGACGAACGAGGGAGCUAUACUCUAUCUGAUGUUUCAGAGUUCCAAGGAGAAGACACCGGAAGUUCACAUGUCGAUCUCACGUAUUCUACAGAUAUGCCUACGAAUAUUGCCAAUAUGAUGGGUGUUCGAACUAAAAUUCGAGAUAGACAAAUGCAUCAGCAACUGAAGGCGGAUUUGGUUGAACAUAUGUGGCGUAAAUUUGGACGUGAUGACGACAACAACUGAGCUUCAAUUUUUUUUUUAAUUCUCGUUUAAUUUAGUUAUCUUUGUUUGUAUGC